AUGCAAAUUGGUCCUAGAAAAAGGCAGGCUGUCGAGCAUUUUCUUAUUCGACGCAUGAUAGAUAUAUUAAAGUGAAACGAUAAGCUAGUUACAUUAAAGAAUUACAUUAAAGAACAUAGAAUGUUUACAUUGUGAUUAGAGUUAUCAGAGUAAUAUAGUUAGAUGGUAUAUAGUAACUGGUAUAGUAUAUAACUCCAGAUGCUAUAAUAUAUAUACCAAGUUAACUCGAAAUUUCAACUUUUCUGAUUUUUAAAAGUAAAAAAACAUUUGCCUAAAUAUUUAUACACUUACUACAGAUUUUAUGCGUGUGUUAUGUAUAAUACGUAAAAUAUUUAAUGAGAGACAAUUCUUAGAAUUAUAAUUGGUUUGAAUUGGAAAAAUUUUGUUGCAAAUAUUUAGCUGUACUGGAUAUUAAUCAAACAUCUUGUAAUUUCUAUCUUUUAUAUUUAUAUCUUUAGAUUUUUUUCAAAAUUGACAAAUAUAAUUUUCAUAAUUAGACCCCAUUGUAGUAUUAAUAAAAUUUCAAAAUAUUUUACAACGUAGGUAAUAUAUUUAUAAGAAGCUCCUUCUUUACUUUACUCACUGAGAAAGAAAUUUCUUUUCCAAUUUUUUAUCGAAAGCGUCGUUGAUACAAGUGCCUGAACUGACGAGUCACGUAAAUCUAAAAUUAAGAAACAUUAGUUUAUUAUAGGAAUGGUAAAUACUAAUAACACUCGUUUCAUUUAACAAUUUAACUUGCCUUGCAAUUUUAUCUCGUACGACUGAAAAAUAAGACUCACUUUUCACAUCGUAAAAGUAAAUUAUGACACUUGAUUGUUCGUUAUCUUAUCAUUGUUUUAUUAUUGAAAGAGUAUUCUCUGUUUAAAUUAUGUUAUAAUUACUAUUAUUUCACUUGAGUUCCUUACAAUAAAGUUAUAUUCCGUUCUUAAUUUGUUGAACAUGAAAGUCUAAUUUUCACUUUUAAUUCAUUUGCCAACUUAAGGGUUUCCAAAUUCUUCGCACUCUUGAAAUUGAACCACAAGACAACGAUAAUUGAUCUGACGUGAUGGUUAGUUUUUUCAAACGUUGCACCGCGAGCAAUCAAGAUCCAGUCUCUAUGCAAGAUUAUCUAAGCCAUGGACCGGUACCCCCACCGACCUAAAUGCACACAUAUAAAUGGUCAAGGCACCUUCUAACCACCUCAGAGAGACCGUGGACUUAAUCUCGCGUUGUUUGCAUAAACGAGGUGUGGUUGGCCACGUGGCACCGUUCAUCUCUUCUUCUCAUUUCUUUCAAAGAUAGUUCAACGUUACGGGAAUGAAAGAAGGAUCUCGCGCAAGUUCGAAAUAGAAAAAGAUCGUUGUGUCAAUGUUCUCGAUCUUUGGAUCUUUAUUCACGGGAUCAUGAAGUGUCUACGGGGUAGUUGGAAGUUGAAUUGGUUCGAGAAAAUUGGUUUCGGUUUGUUGGUGAUUUUUUAUUGUUUCUCAAGAGACACGUCCGCCUUGACCUUGGACAACUCGACAAGUACGUUCGUCGAGAGAUGUCGAGCGGACUGCAGCCUGCGUAAGGACUUCAUUACUUGCGGCAAGUACAGGGUUGUCAGAUGGCUUCAUGACGUUGUAAACGAGAAGGAAUUCAGCUAUGGCUCUCUUCGAAUCGUGAGAAUUCCAUCCAUGGCUGGGCCGUCGAUACUCCCGAAGUUACCACAGUCCCGCGUGUUCAAGACCGAGGUAAUCGAGGCCUUGAAUUUCGCCAGGGACACAGUGGAUGAUCUGCUAACGAAACGAGCUUUGGUUUACACGGUCGACAACUCGAUCUCCGCCAGGAGAUUUGGCAGCGCUCCUAUGAUCGUGGACGAGGAUGAAUUCACUCAAUUGCAGAGCAAAAAAGAAGAUGACUGGAGACUCUUCAAGAAGAAGAAGUCGGUAAUCGUUCCCGUUCUGAUCCUGAUAAAUCUGCUGAAGCUGAAGCUGUUGCUUCUACCAAUCUUCCUGGGCGUUCAUUUCAUCAAGAAGCUAUUAGUGCUUGCUACGAUAAUCAUCCCGUCGCUUCUGACACGUUUGAAAAUUUGCAAGGUCCCGCAACCACACCAUCAGCAGGGCUAUCCUUACCACAUGUGGGGCACAGCUGCCGAAGCACCCGUUGAUUAUCCAACUGCGUACGAAGAGCCUUGGACCCACAGAAGCGACUACGUGAACCCAGUUUACUUUGGAUACCAAGGUUACCGCAACCCUUACGGAUGAAGCCAGGAAGCAACAGGAGAUCAUCGAUCAACUUACUACUUGCCAUUGCAUCGAACCUCGAAAACGACGAUCGUAUUCCUUCUGCUUUCUUCUUCUUAGCAACUUCCCUAACUGCGUUCUCCACGUGUCUGCGGUUUCCUUCUCGCGACUCACUGAUCCCCUUUUUUCGUUUCUAAACGUCCUAAUCAAGCGACAACAAUGCAAACAGGUUUUAUUCAGGCUUCAUGAUUAUCGUGCGCGAAAUAACUUUCACGCGACGUGCUCGUUACCGUUAUGAUAUUGAUAACGAGCAUCGUCCUAUCAGAAAUCGUUGUCACGAACAAGCGUUUCGACGAUUUUU